GGGAGGGGAGGGGAAGGGGAAGGGGAAGGGGGAACCGAGAGGGAAGGGAAUUGAAAUCUCAUCAACAAUCCGACCACAAGCUCCAGUCCCGGAUCGUCAAGUGACAUGGAACCUGGAAACUCCUCUUCCCCUUCGCCCCUACGAGACAAGCGAAAAAGUCCGGAGCCCCAGCUUCCACAUUUUUUGACAACAAGGGAAAUCGAGGCCACUGCCGGUUCCCGUCUUUCGUUCUUUCAGCGUGUGUUAGUGAGGUGCACGAGCCACAUGCCCCCGGGAAAUGGGCUGCGGUGGCGCCCAGGGUAGCGGCUUCCAGGAGGUCACAGAGGCCCCCGGGUCGCAGGAGAGGUCAGGGAAGAAUCAGCGAAAUCACUCGGUCGCGCCAGGAGACCCCGCCUCCGUAUAUAAACACCCAAUCUUCCCCUCUCGAGCGCGACAGCCCGCCCACCUUCUCGUCUUUUGUUUCUCUGUCCACGAUCCAACCUCAACUUUGCUCACACCAAAUCCAGCGUUUUCCAAUCGCUCAAUCGUCGCCCUUUCAUCGAGUUGCAUUUUCAGCAAAACAUCUUCAGCCUUUAGCCCUAUCACCAUGCCUCCCAAGAAGACCGAGUCCAAGGCCGCCGAUGCCUCUGUCGCCGCUCCUGCUGCUCCCGCCGCUGCUCCCACCUCUGCUCCCAAGACCAGCAAGAGCCCCAGCACUCAUGCCUCUUACCAGGAUAUGAUCACUGAUGCCAUUGUUGCGGUAUUUAACCCCGUUCAUUUUUGUCGUGGCGUGUUUGGCUGUGGGCGCUUCUGGUCGGUGAGCAAAUUGAGACAACUGCUCUCAUGAUGCACGCAACCAAGAGUCACCCACACCACUCACUGCCUUUUUACCAUCCCUCAGUUA